CCGCCGCCUGAGCGCGGGUCCCGCAUUCCCGGGGGGAGCAGCGCCGGCGCCAUGUGGAUCCAGGUGCGCACCAUGGACGGCACCGAGACCCGCCGCGUGGACUCGCUCUCCAAGCUCACCAAGGUGGAGGAGCUGCGCCUGCGGAUACACGAGGUGUUCGCCGUGGAGCCCCAGCGGCAGCGCCUCUUCUACCGCGGCAAACAGAUGGAAGAUGGUCACUCCCUUUUCGAUUACAGCGUGGGACUCAAUGAUAUUGUUCAGCUCCUGGUCAGACAAAGCCCAGCAGUGCUUCCUGCUGUGAGCAAGGAGAAGGAUUCCGAGCUCUCCGACACCGACUCCGGCUGCGGCUCCGGCCAAAGCGACUCCGACAAGAGCUCCCACAACGGAGAGGGUGCCCUGGAACUGGAGGGCCAGCCCAGCACAGCAGCACAGCCCGACUGGACCCACCCUGUCUUUGGCCUCUAUAAGAUCAACGACUUGGUGGACGCCCGGGACACGGACAUGGGAGCGUGGUUUGAAGCCCAGGUUGUGAAUGUGACCAGGAAAAAACCUCCCAGGGAAGCAGCUGAGAGCUGCACAGACCCUGUCCCUGAGGAAGAUGUGAUCUAUCACGUCAAAUAUGACGAUUAUCCAGAGAAUGGAGUGGUGCAGAUGAGCUCCAGUAACGUUCGGGCCCGGGCACGGACUAUUCUGAAGUGGCACCAGCUGGAAGUAGGACAGGUGGUGAUGGUCAACUACAACCCUGAUGAGCCAAAAGAGAGGGGCUUUUGGUAUGAUGCUGAGAUCCUGCAGAAAAGGGAAACAAAAAUGACCAGGGAGAUCAAUGCAAAGAUCCUACUCGGGGAAGCUGGUGACUCCUUGAACGACUGCACAAUCAUGUUAGUGGAUGAAAUCUAUAAAAUUGAGGAACCAGGCAGUGCUUCCCCCAUCCCAGCUGGAACACCAAAACGGCAGAGUGGACCUGUGUGUAAAGCCUGCAAGGACAACCCAAACAAGACCUGCAGAGUCUGUGCUUGUCACAUCUGUGGAGGGAAACAAGAUCCAGACAAGCAGCUCAUGUGUGACGAGUGUGACAUGGCUUUCCACAUCUACUGCCUCAACCCUCCCCUCAGCAGCAUCCCAGAUGAUGAGGACUGGUAUUGCCCCGAGUGUCGAAACGAUGCGAGUGAGGUGGUUUUAGCAGGAGAGAGGUUAAAAGAAAGCAAAAAGAAACAAAAGAUGGCAUCUGCCAACUCAUCCUCAAGGAGAGACUGGGGCAAGGGCAUGGCGUGUGUCGGCCGCACCAAGGAAUGCACCAUCGUCCCCUCCAACCACUAUGGACCAAUCCCUGGCAUUCCUGUUGGCACCAUGUGGAAGUUCAGAGUUCAGGUGAGCGAAUCCGGAGUGCACAGGCCCCAUGUUGCAGGGAUACAUGGCAGAAGCAACGAUGGGGCCUAUUCCUUGGUCCUGGCAGGAGGCUAUGAAGAUGACAUAUUCCAGGUGGUGAAAUACUGGCCCGAGACGGGGAAAUCUGGAUUUUUAGUGUGGCGUUACCUGCUCAGGAGGGACGAUGAAGAACCUGCUCCUUGGACCAAAGAGGGAAAGGACAGGAUGAAAAAGCUUGGCCUAACAAUGCAGUAUCCUGAAGGAUAUUUGGAAGCUGUUGCAAAUAAAGAUAAGGAAAAAGAAAAUAAUGGAGAGGAUGAGUUUGAUACCCCGGGGAAAGGAAAGAGGAAAAGGAAAUCAGCAGGUGGGGAGGAAAAACCCGUCACCUCUCCAGCAGGGACCCCAAAGAAAACUAAAGUUGAGCCAUACAAGCUGACAGCCCAGCAGAAAUCUCUCAUAAAAAGUGAUGAAGCCAAUGAAAAACUGUGGAAUGAAGUACUAGAGGCUCUCAAAGAUGGACCGAAAUUCCUCAGUAAGGUGGAAGAGGCCUUCCUGUGUAUCUGCUGUCAGGAGGUCGUGUUCCGGCCCGUCACGACCGUCUGCCAACACAACGUGUGCAAGGACUGUCUGGACAGAUCCUUCAGGGCUGACGUGUACAGCUGCCCUGCCUGUCGCUACGACCUGGGCAAGACCUACAGCAUGGAGGUGAACGAGGCCCUGCAGGACAUCCUCACCCAGCUCUUCCCUGGCUACGGCAACGGCCGGUGAUUCCCUAAAGCACUUCUCCUUCCCUUGGGUUCACACUUAAACCACGGGCUUAAUUUAAAAAAACAAACAAACAAAAACAAACAAACCAGCAAACCUGUAGUCUGUGUUCUCCCAGACCCCCCCUAAAAAGGUUUGAAGUCUUCCUCGUUUUUAAAAACCUAUAAACUCCAAGGACUGUCCUUUUUGUGCGUUCGUGGAUUUUCGUUUUUGUUCUAAAUGUUGAAGUUUGCUUUUUUUUUUUUUAAUUGUUGUGGUUUUUUUCUCCCCUCAAACCUGCCACUCAUUCAGCACAGAAUUAUUUGUUCUUAAUGGACUGAAAGUGCUUCCGGUGAGGCUGCUAAUGAUGAGGAAAGUUCUCAGAGUGCCCCCCGUGCCCCCCUUUUAUUUUUAUUUUUAUUUUUUUUAUUCCAAAAAAUGGCUUGGUUGCUAGAACAAUCUUCACUGUCUGGGGAUUUGGCCAUCAAGGUAGACUCGUGCAUCACCUUGGCAGCAUUUUGAUACUCAAAAUUUGUACAAGUUGGUUCCUGGCUUUGUACCACAAGUGGGUAUUUGCUAUUUUUUUUUUGUAAGAACUGGGGUUUUAUACGUUUGACAAAAAAGCCAUUUCCUGCUAAUUUUAUAUUCUCAAAACCAUAAAGCUGCUUGCUUAGAGCCAAGUAGUUGGAGCAAUAUGAAGUACUACCUCACUGGACUUGUUGUAGGGAAGGAUUUGUUCAGCCAGGCGCUGUCCUCUGUCCCGAGAUGCCAUUGUGGAAUAUCCUAAAGCCAUCCUUAAGUGCCUUUUGUCCUUUGCUGGAAGACUGGGCUCUGAAUCACCAUAUAUAUCUUUUUUUUUUUUUUUCAUAAGCACUGAAACGUUUUUAACUUGCCAGCCAGAUCUUUGGUAACAUGGAACACUGUAGCUGUGUGUGAUUAGUGUGGAUUUGCAGAGGAUCAGGUUUCCUAGUGAUAGGUGAAUUAAGGGUUGUGUUUUUUUCCUUUGUUUCGCUGCAUUUCCACCUGGAAAUGAAAAAUAACCAAUUCUGGCUUUUUCUAUGAACCAUUUUGUAUUGGACCUGCCACCGAGAAGGCUCACUUUGUAUUUUUCUACCAUUACAAAAGUUUGCAGUUCGAUACCUCAACAAGACAGGGAUGUUUUUAAUCACACUUUACUGCAGACAGACUGGAACAAAUGUGCCUAUUUUUGGUUUUCUUAACUCUUACCCUUUGGAAAACUAUUAUGUUAAUAUGUUAGGGAAAAGAAACCCCACCCCACAGCAUUUUAUAGAUUUUUGUUGUUGUUGUUGAAUUUGUCAAAUUUUUGUACAAUGUGCAAGCUGAAGUUCUCAAAAUAAAUAACUUUUCAAAUUAAA